AUGGGGAGCUCGGCCUCGUCUCUCACUGCAGAGACUGAGUCGGACCAUGGCUUCCGCAGCACCCCCUACCCAUCGUCACCCCCUGUGGGCUGGCUUAGGAACAGCCACAGCAGCCCGGUGUGGGGCACCACCUUCAUCACACGUCAGCAGCAGCACCCGCUGCCUCACCGAGAGCGCAGCCACUCUCACUCUCCUGGUUCCAUGGCAGCAGCAGUGCGAGGCAGUGAGUGGUCAUGUGGACGCUGCACCUUCUUAAAUGCCGGCGCGGCACCUCGCUGUUCCAUCUGUGAAGCACCUCGACAGAAACCUGACCUUAACCAGAUCCUGCGGCUAAGCAGCACUGAGGAGCACCGCUGGGCCUGCCCCCGUUGUACCCUUAACAACCCCCAGGGGUCCGGAGCCUGUUCCGUCUGUGGCUUCGGACCCUCUCCUUCCACUCACACACCCCCUACCACCACCAUCGCCGCAACUGCCAACGGCCUCCCGCCUGCUCCCACCGAACUCCCAACACCUACUGUCACUCCCACAGUGCUACUAGAACCUCAUGGACAGCAUGUAGUUAAGGAGGAAGUGCUACGACGAUCAGAGAGCAAUGGAGAGGUGUGUGGGCUGGAGGGGCAGCACUCGGGCUGGGCUUGCCCUCGCUGCACACUUCACAACACACCAGUGGCACUGUCAUGCUCAGCCUGUGGUGGACCUAGGAAACUGUCAUUGCCUAAAAUCCCCCCUGAGGCGCUGGUUGUGCCAGAGGUGCGCACACCUGUGCUGGGGUUUCCUGUGCACACAGCAGGGGCUCCCCCACUACUCAUAGACCUAACGGACGACUCUCCCCCAGCACCUCCAUGUGAUCCUCAAGAACCCCCCCACGUGUCCUCACAGUCCCUCUCGUCGCCUUUUUCUUCUUUUUCCUCCCUUCAAAACAACCCUGUACCUCGCAGCAGGAGAGAGGUGCCCCCUCCUGGGCGCCCGCCAAACCCAGGCACCAACACUCCCAGUCCCACUUCUCCUUCAACUGCCAGUGUGCCACCCCAGCCUGGCCCACAGCGACCAGCCAAGCCUAAACAUGCCCAACCCCAGGAACCCUCAUACCCGAGUAAGCGCCUCAGUAUCUUGGAGGAAGAAGACUCUCAACACGCCCCCCACCUCCCUGUUACUUCCUCAGCAACCCCCAACUGGAAGUGCCCUAGCUGCUCCUUGCCCAACCCAGGUUGCUCUUCCAAGUGUGAGGCCUGCCGAUCAUCGCGGGCUGGUACUGACCUUAUUGACCUGGUGGGCUGUGAGACGGUACGCUUCACCCCAGCCAGCCCCUCUAGUCCAGACUUUAGCACGUGGGCCUGCUCCAAGUGCACCCUGCGCAACCCCACGGGUGCACCCAAGUGCUCAGCCUGUGGUUCCUCCAAGCUGCACGGCUUUCAGGAGCAGCAAGCGCCCCUGCCCCGCUGCUGUACCCACUGUGGCCUCCCACAGGGGCCUGGCACGACAUGCUCCUGUACACCUUCCUCUUCUUCAUCCUCCUCGGGUCAUAAAACACGGAAACAGGCCAGAGGUUUCUCCUCCUCCUCCUCUGCUAUCGCUUCUUCGAGUUCCUCCUCCGCCUCAUCUAGCCUUCAGGAGAGGAUAGGACAGUGGAGCUGCCCAGCGUGUACGCUGCUCAACGACCUCAAGGCCAAGAACUGUGCAGCGUGCCACACACCCCAGCAGUACCUCACCCUUCGCAAGGUGGUUAAGCCUCUGAAGAGGAGAGAAAGCAUGCAUGUAGAGGCCCGACGACGAAAUGACGAGGGUGAGGCCAAGGAGCUUUGGGAGAACAUCGUCAGCUUUUGCAGAGAGAACGCUGUGAACUUCGUGGAUGACAGUUUCCCCCCAGGACCUCGCUCUGUGGGCUUCCCCGAGGGUGACAGCGUCCAGCAGCGAAUCAAAAAGUGGCUCCGCCCCCACGAGAUCAACUGCAGCAACUUCAAAGACCGGGGCGUCAAGUGGUCCGUCUUCCGCACGCCGCGGCCCUCUGACAUCCUGCAAGGCCUGCUGGGAAACUGCUGGUUCCUGAGUGCGUUGGCAGUGCUGGCGGAGCGUCCGGAGCUGGUGGAGAGGGUGAUGAUCACCAGGACGAUCUGCCAAGAGGGAGCCUACCAGGUCCGGUUAUGUAAAGACGGGACGUGGAUCACGGUGCUGGUGGACGACAUGCUGCCCUGCGACGACUACGGCUACCUCCUUUUCUCCCAGGCCCAGAGGAAGCAGCUUUGGGUGGCGCUGAUUGAAAAGGCCCUGGCCAAACUCCAUGGCUCCUACUUUGCCCUGCAGGCAGGGCGCGCCAUCGAGGGCCUGGCCACGCUGACGGGGGCUCCCUGCGACUCCCUGAUGCUGCAGGUCAGCUCCACCAACCCCCGGGAGGAACCCAUCGAUACAGACCUCAUCUGGGCCAAGAUGCUCAGUUCCAAGGAAGCCGGGUUUCUGAUGGGUGCGUCUUGCGGAGGAGGCAACAUGAAGGUAGACGAUGUUGUCUAUGAGUCUCUGGGUCUGCGGCCUCGCCACGCCUAUUCCAUCCUGGACGUGCGAGAUGUCCAGGGUUACAGGCUGUUGCGACUACGUAACCCGUGGGGUCGCUUCUCGUGGAACGGCAGCUGGUCGGAUGAAUGGACAGACUGGCCGCAGCACCUGCGCCAUGAGCUGAUGGCUCACGGCAGCAGUGAGGGGGUCUUCUGGAUGGAGUACACUGACUUUAUAAAGUACUUUGACUCAGUGGACAUCUGUAAGAUCCACUCAGACUGGCAGGAGGUGAGACUACAGGGCUGCUUCCCCAGCAAAGCCAGCGGGCCGGUCACAGUCACAUCCCUCACUGUGCUGGAGAGGACGGCAUUAGAGUUCGCUCUCUUCCAGGAGGGAAGCAGGCGCUCGGACACGGCCGACAGUCACCUGCUGGACCUGUGCAUCAUGGUGUUUCGUGCCUCCUUCGGCAGCAGCAACAAACUGACCCUGGGCCGCCUGUUGGCCCACAGCAAGCGAGCGGUGAAGAAGUUUGUCGGCUGUGAUGUGAUGCUAGAACCGGGGGAGUACGCUGUUGUCUGCUGCGCCUUCAACCACUGGCAGAUGAAUGUCAGCGGGACAGGAGGUCCACCCACACCCGUUUCUAGUCCUACCAGCGGAGCAGCACGGCGGCCCAGCCAGGACUUCCCCGGCUACAUUUUGGCCAUCUACAGCUCCAGACAGGUGAUGGUGGAGCAGGUGGAAGCGACCGCAACUACGCUGGCUGAUGCCAUAAUCCUCCUCACGGAAAACAAAGGCGAAAGACACGAGGGCCGUGAAGGCAUGACCUGCUACUACCUGACGCACGGCUGGGCGGGGCUCAUCGUGGUGGUGGAGAACCGCCAUCCUAAGUACUAUCUUCACGUCUCCUGUGACUGCACCGACAGCUUCAAUGUGGUGUCUACACGCGGCAGCCUCAAGACCAUCGACAGCGUACCGCCUUUACACCGGUGCUGUGGUGCUUUCACAGCUGGAAGGAACGCCGGCUUCUCCAUUACCCACCGCCUAGCUCACCGCAAAGCAGCCCAGGCCUCUCUGGGAGACUGGACCCCCACCAAGGCCACCCACAGCCCCCUGCUCACCCCGGACAUUGACGGCCUACACCGGCCCAGGCCACUAUGACCACCGCCCACUAUCUCGCAUACACACAGACUCUAAAUCCAAUUAACUGUCAGACCACUGGAAAACCAGGCAGGGGGGCCAGCAGCAUGUGCGGCCCUACAACAUGGAGAAAGAUGUGUGUUUGUGUGUGUGUGUUUUUUUUGAAUGAACACACACCUGAAUGUAAAGCAGGAAUGGGGCAGCGUUGAUGUGCUCUCUUUCUGACGCUCCACAAAUGCUGAAGUUUUCAUCCGGCCCGCAUGCAUCUGUCCCUUGCCAAGUAGAUGUGCCAUGUCAGGAUGAAAUGAGGGAGGCGGGCCACACAGCGUGACCAGGACUCACUCAUGAAAUUAUUUUUCAUGCAGGAGCCCCCUCGGCCCCCCCUCACACACUCCAGGCACCUAAAAGGACCAGUUCAAACUAUGAAUUGUGGACAUUUUUGGUACAAGCGCUGUAUGUGGAGCAGAUGUCAGCCCUGAGUUUCGUAUGCUUGGAGACUACCCUGCUUUCCAUUAGCUUCGGAAAAGUCAGGGUGGAGUGCUGUAACUACUGAGCCAUUUGCCGACCCACGACCUAUGAGCCAAUCACCCGCCCCGAUCAGACACUUUGCCCGCUCCCCUAGACAGCUUACAAAACGGGAGCCCUCAGUACA